UACACGACUUCUCCUAACGUCAGGAGUCUGCGCAAAACACUUGACGUUGUGACGUUACGUAGGUUACGUUCAGCGCGUGUGGAAAGUUCAUGCAGUGCAGCGACGGAAGCUCUUACAAUGUACCGACCCAAGCCCACGUUGAAAGACCGACAGCAUCUUUACAAGUUAAUCAUCAGCCAGUUGUUAUAUGAUGGGUACACCAACAUAGCCAACAGUCUUAUCAACGAAGUCAAGCCGGCCAAUGUUGUCUCUCCAUCAGAACAGCUCAUGCAGCUCGCUAAAAUAGGCAUGGAAAACGAUGACAGUGCCGUGCAGUACGCCAUCGGACGCUCGGACACCGUGGCUCCAGGGGUGGGCAUCGACCUGGAGUUUGACGCCGAUGUACAAACCAUGUCCCCCGAAGCGUCCGAGUACGAGACGUGCUACGUGACAUCGCACAAGGGCCCUUGCCGAGUGGCCACGUACAGCCGAGACGGGCAGUUGAUCGCCACUGGGUCUGCCGACGCCUCCAUCAAGAUCCUGGACACAGAACGGAUGCUGGCCAAGAGUGCUAUGCCGAUAGAGGUAAUGAUGAACGAGACGGCACAGCAGAACAUGGAGAACCACCCGGUGAUCCGGACCCUCUACGACCAUGUCGAUGAGGUCACCUGCCUGGCCUUCCACCCCACGGAACAGAUCCUGGCAUCGGGCUCGCGGGACUACACACUCAAGCUGUUCGACUACUCUAAACCUUCAGCCAAAAGAGCCUUCAAACACAUUCAAGAAGCAGAGAUGCUGCGCUCCAUCUCCUUCCACCCGUCAGGCGACUUCCUGCUGGUGGGCACGCAGCACCCGACGCUGCGGCUGUACGACGUCAACACCUUCCAGUGCUUCGUCUCGUGCAACCCGCUGGACCAGCACACGGACACCAUCAGCAGUGUCAGCUACAACCCCACCGCCAACAGCUACGUCACCUGCAGCAAGGACGGCAGCAUCAAGCUGUGGGACGGCGUGUCCAACCGCUGCGUGGCCACCUUCGACAAGGCCCACGACGGCGCCGAGGUCUGCUCGGCCAUCUUCUCCAAGAACUCCAAGUACAUCCUCUCCAGCGGGAAGGACUCCGUGGCCAAGCUGUGGGAGAUCUCCACUGGACGCACGCUGGUCAAGUACACAGGUGCGGGUCUGAGCGGGCGUCAGAUGCACCGCACGCAGGGGGUGUUCAACCACACGGAGGACUACGUGCUGCUGCCGGACGAGCGCACCAUCAGCCUGUGCUGCUGGGACUCGCGCACGGCCGAGAGGAAGAACCUGCUCUCGCUCGGACACAACAACAUCGUGCGCUGCAUCGUCCACUCGCCCACCAACCCCGGCUUCAUGACCUGCAGCGACGACUUCCGCGCGCGCUUCUGGUACCGCCGCACCACCACCGACUGAAAAGGCGGAGGAGGAGGAGGAGGAGGAGGAGGAGGAGGAGGAGGAGGAGGAUGAGGGUGAUGAUGAUGAUGAAGACAGGAACAAGAGAGGGAAAAGAGAUGUGAGGUUUAAGGGGAACAAUAAAGACCUUGCAUCAACAUCACAGACUGUCAGCCAAUACAGUUCAUGUCCAGUCAUACUGCUGAGGAGCUUUCUGAGGAGUUCUCUCUCUUUCACUCUCCUGUACAUGCCUUUGUAUCUCUCUUCUUCCAGCCAUGCUCCAAUUCUCCCUCUUGUGUGCUGAUCGCUGUUGCUGCCCUGAAGCCAAGUUUGAGGUUGAGUGUUCUACAUGCAAAGCCCUGCACAAAAAAGCCUGCCUGCAUUGUGGGGUGCGGUACAGCCAACAACAGUAAGCCUCCUAUUUCUAACGAGCCAUACCAUUGGUUUGAAUGGCGAGAAAGGUCGAUGUGGUUUUUUUUCACUGUUUGUUUCUAAAAUGCCACCCUGCUAUAGCCACAGUGGAGAUGAGAAACGCAAACCAGACCACAGUUUAUUUGGGUGCAGUACCUUAUUUGAAAGGAAGAGGGAGGUACCUCACAAGCAGGACUGGUCAGAAUGUUUGGUCAGUAGUCACUGUCUUGUUUAGGAUUUGUCCUCUGAUUUGGCUCUCAAAGGGUGAAAUGUGAAGAUACAACUGAAACUAGAACUGUGUUCUCCAUUUUGUUUGUCUAUUGUCUAUCUGCUCGAACGUGGGUGUAUUUCAUAUGAAAGUGUGUGGUUUUUUUUUUUCAAUCUUUGUUUUGUACAUGUUUAUUACUUUAGUAAAGGUAUGAUCCCAUUGUUUUUUUAAUAAAUGAAAAAAGAACAAUACAAAUUGUUGCCUUUUUAGCAAAUAAACAGAUUAAUU